AGAUUAAUCAAAUAUAAUAACACUAGAGAGCAUUAUCCAAUCCAAAGCCAUUCAAAGAGCCAUUACCAAAUAAGUUGAAUUUGUAUUUCUAUUCCCUCACAUAAUAAUCCCUCUCUUUCAUUCAGAGCUCAGCAAAAACACUAAUCCAAUCCAUAUCUUGUUUGUUUAUAUGCAUCUUUUGUUCCAUCACACACACAGACAACAACAAUCAUAAGCACCAGCUUCCGUUACAUGAUUCUGCUUCAUCUUUUAGAGACAACAAAAAUCAUUAACACCCCGAAUUAUCAUCAUCACUAAUCAUGAUUAGAAACAUCUAAUCCUUUGCUUAGAGUGUUAGCAAAGAAAUUAACCCACCCCCACCACAUGACCACUCUCACACUCAAAAAACCACACCGCCACAGUUUCAACCACAGUCAUGGCCUUCACUCCCUCCUCCUCAUCCUCCUCCUCCUCAUGCUCCCUCCGCCGCCGGCCACCGCACAGCUACCAAACGUACUCUCCCCACCACCAACAGACAAGCUCUCCGGACUCAAGUUCGACAAGUCCAUGGCCAUCGUCCUCGUGAUCCUCGUGGUCGUGUUCUUCAUGCUGGGCUUCCUCUCCAUCUACACGCGCCAGUGCACGGAGCGUGGGAUAAGAGGGAGGUUCGACCUCGCCUUCCCCAUCGGCGGCAGCAACUGGCGCCACCGCGGACUCGACCCGGAGAUCAUCGAUUCCUUCCCCACCUUCGUCUACUCCGCCGUGAAGGGACUCAAAAUCGGAAGGGCGACGCUGGAAUGCGCCGUGUGCUUGAACGAGUUUCGCGACCAUGAAACGCUGCGUUUGAUUCCGAAGUGCAGUCAUGUCUUCCACGCCGAAUGCGUCGACGCUUGGCUGGUGAACCAGUCUACCUGCCCCGUUUGCAGAGCAAACCUUCUUCAGGGAGACGCUGCUACUACCUUCGUGGCGGUUCAGAUUCCAGAUCCGGAAGGUCACGGGUCAACAACACCAGUACCCGGUUCAGGUGACCCGUCACCCAAUAGAGUUGAUAACAGUAGUAAUAAUCAAUCGCCUAAGGUGGGUAGUGAUUUGGUUAAUCAGAACCGUCCGGUUCGGUCGAGGUCAACCGGGUUUAGGAGCUGGUUUCCGCGGUCGCAUUCCACAGGUCACUCGUUGGGUGAGGAUUGGGAGCGGUUCACACUGAGGUUACCAGAGGAGGUGCGGAACCGGUUGGUUAAUUCCACGCUGAACCGGACCACUAGUUGUGGCGCCACGUUUAUGCGGGUGAGCAGUGGGAGGAGCGGUUAUAGGGCGAGGAGUGUCGGUAGGAGCCCGAUUGGUGGGAGCAAUGAGCGGUCAGACCGACGAUUCUUUUGGACUCCACCGUUUGUGAGCCGAGCGGGUUCAACCAGGUCGCCGAAGCCUAAUAAGGCAAUGGAUGAUAUGGGGGAACGAUCUUCAGAUCGUCUAUUCACUGGUGGUGAGGGUUAAUUGAUUAGGUUGCUAAAAAAUUAAUGCUUUUACACCACGCUUCUUGUUCAUAGAAAUAGAAUUACAUUUUUUAUUUAUUUAUGUAUUUUACUAUAUUUAUUUCUAUGGGCAUGGAAUUUGGAUUUUUUUAAAGGGUUCUGGAAGAGAGAUAUAGUAAUGUUGUAGAGAUGAACAGAUAAAAAAAACUGUGAAACGUUUA